AUGACCAUGUUUAACAUAAUGAACAUGCUGAUGGGACAGAAUGCUGGUCUUCAAUUGCCAUUUGCCUCACAACAACAGACGACGUCAAGUGGAGGAAACACCCCUGAGGUUGACGAAGAAUUUACCGCACCGAAGAGUGCCGCUGCUUUGGUGACAAUGGUGAAGAGCUUUGGGGAAGAGAAGCUGACUGCGGUGUCGCCAUCGGUGGCCUCGAAGCUGUCGCGACUAGGCGAGCUCACUGACGCUCAGGCAGAAACCCUGGCCACCGUGGAAUGCACGCAGUGCUCCGAGCGGCUACCGUCGAUUUUGGCACUGUCGUCGCACUACGACGUCGUCCAUUCGAGCACUCUGCCGGAUUCGGUGGUUCCGUCGUGGGCGCGCGAAUUUGUGAAAUGA